AAGUCUCCAUUACAUGUAUAUACAUCUCUCUCUCUCUCUCUCUCUCUCUCUCUCUUGGAGUGUGUGAAUGUGUAUACAAAUCCAAGUGUAUACGCAGAAAGAGCAUGUGUUUGAUUUCCCUAUACAAACACCCUAUUUGAUUUUUGAGGUAAACGUUUGAACACUCCAUCGAUGUCUCCGUUCUCCCUAUAGAUAAUAUACCCUUCUCGGCUUUCGUCCGCCCACUCUCCCCCUUCCACCGAAAACCUACAUAUAUAUCGAUUAUCGAUUAGGGGGUUUGGAUAAGAUCACACGGGAGACACAAUUUCGAUGAUGGAUUUCAGAAAGAUAUGGGUUGUAAUAAUGGCGAUGGAGAUUCUCGUCGGGGAUGAGACACGCGUUUUCGCAGACAUCAACAGAGCCAGUUUCCCUAAUGGUUUUGUCUUUGGAACUGCUUCUGCCGCUUUCCAGGGUAAUUUAUUGCAGUACGAGGGAGCGGUGAAGGAAGACGGGAGAGGUCCGUCCGUGUGGGACACGUUUUCUCACACUCUUGGUAAAAUUGCUGAUUUUAGUAACGCUGACGUUGCUGUCGAUCAAUACCAUCGUUAUGAGGAAGAUAUACAACUUAUGAAAAACAUGGGAAUGGAUGCAUAUAGAUUUUCGAUUUCAUGGACCCGGAUUUUUCCAAAUGGCACGGGGCAAAUAAAUCAAGCUGGAAUUGAUCACUACAACAAGCUCAUCAAUGCGUUACUUGCUCAAGGAAUCCAACCUUACGUAACGUUGUACCAUUGGGACCUUCCUCAAGCCCUUCAUGACCGAUACAACGGUUGGCUAAGUCCCCAAAUCAUAAACGAUUAUGCAACGUAUGCCGAGGUAUGUUUCGAGAAUUUCGGAGACAGAGUGAAGCAUUGGAUAACGUUCAACGAGCCGCAUACAUUUGCGAUACAAGGGUAUGAUGUCGGGUUACAAGCUCCCGGCCGGUGUUCCAUCCUUCUUAGGCUUUUCUGCCGCGGUGGAAACUCCGCCACCGAGCCAUAUAUUGUCGCACAUAACGUUCUUCUCUCUCACGCCACCGUCUCCGAUAUCUAUCGGAAGAAAUACAAGGCGAAGCAAGGAGGGUGGCUCGGGAUAGCGUUUGAUGUAAUAUGGUACGAACCGGAAACAAAUACGAGAGAAGACAUUGAAGCUGCACAGAGAGCUCAAGAUUUUCAACUUGGCUGGUUCCUUGAUCCACUGAUGUUUGGCGAUUACCCGAAUUCGAUGAGAAGCAGAGUCGGAAAGAGAUUGCCAAGAUUUACGGCAUCUGAAGCUGCGAUGGUGAAGGGUUCUUUAGAUUUUGUCGGAAUUAAUCACUACACGACAUAUUACGCGAGGAACAACAAGACCAAUCUCAUCGGCACUCUCCUUAAUGACGCCAUUGCUGAUUCUGGAGCCUUCACCGUUCCAUUUAAAGGGCUUCAAACCAUUGGAGACAGGGCCAAUUCAAUAUGGUUGUACAUAGUACCCCAAGGGAUGAGAAACUUGAUGAAUUACAUCAGAAUUAGAUACGGGAAUCCUCCGGUGAUUAUCACGGAAAAUGGGAUGGACGAUCCAAACAAUAUACUGAUCUCCAGAGAAAACGCCCUCAAAGACGAGAAGAGGAUUAGGUACCAUCACGAUUAUCUCUCCAACUUACAAGCCGCCAUAAGUGAGGAUGGGUGCAACGUGAAAGGGUACUUCGUGUGGUCGCUAUUGGACAACUGGGAAUGGGCUGCCGGUUACACUUCGAGAUUUGGUCUCUACUUUGUAGACUAUAGAGACAACCUCAAACGUUACCCUAAAAACUCUGUUCGUUGGUUCACUUCCUUCUUGAAUUCUUCUUCUCCUUGAUCAUAUUUUUCUGUUUUAUAACUUCAUAUAAUCUAUGUUGCAUGGUAUGGUAUGGUAUGGUAUGGUACUCUAGAUACGUAUCCGUAUAACGGUAGCGUUAUUAGUAAAUAAAUAUUUGUUUCGCAAUUCGCAAAUCAGGUAUUUUGUUUGUUCA